CUGGAGGGGUGCAAGUGAUGUCAUCAGGCCGCGCUCUCUCUUUUCUGUGUCUCCGCCGCCCGCGAGUCUCCUCCAUCCCCUCGAGCUAGUGGUUGUGAAGAUGGACUGGCGCCCUGACGAAGAAGGAUUACAGCAGGUUCUGCAGCUCCUGAAGGACUCCCAGUCACCGGACACAGCCACACAGAGAGUUGUCCAGGAUAAACUGAAGCAGCUGAACCAAUUUCCCGAUUUCAACAAUUAUUUGAUCUUCGUGCUAACGCGGCUGAAAACGGAGGAUGAACCCACGCGGUCCCUGAGCGGUCUGAUCCUGAAGAACAACGUGAAGACUCAUUACCAGAACUUCCCCCAGCCCGUGUCCGAGUUCAUAAAGCAGGAAUGCCUGAACAGCAUCGGGGACCCGUCCUCUCUGAUCCGAGCCACCAUCGGUAUCCUGAUCACCACCAUUGCAUCCAAGGGGGAGCUGCAGACCUGGCCGGAACUGCUACCUCAGCUCUGCAACCUGCUGAACUCGGAGGAUUACAACACGUGUGAGGGUUCGUUUGGAGCCCUACAGAAGAUCUGCGAAGAUUCGUCUGAGCUCCUGGACAGCGACGCUCUCAACAGACCCCUCAACAUCAUGAUCCCCAAAUUCCUUCAGUUCUUCAAGCACUGCAGCCCCAAAAUCAGGUCUCACGCCAUCGCCUGCGUCAACCAGUUUAUCACUGACCGUGCUCAGGCCCUCAUGGACAACAUUGACACUUUCAUUGAGCAACUCUUCGCGCUGGCAGUGGAUGAGGACCCCGAGGUUCGGAAGAAUGUGUGCAGGGCUCUAGUCAUGCUGUUGGAGGUGCGGAUAGACCGGCUGCUCCCUCACAUGCACAGUAUAAUCCAGUACAUGCUGCAGAGGACGCAGGACAGUGACGAGAACGUGGCGCUGGAAGCCUGCGAGUUCUGGCUGACACUGGCUGACCAGCCCAUCUGUAAGGACGCUCUGUCCAAUCACCUCUUGCAACUGAUACCGAUCCUAGUGAAUGGAAUGAAAUACAAUGAGAUUGACAUCAUUCUCCUGAAGGGAGACGUAGAAGAGGAUGAAACUGUCCCAGACAGCGAGCAGGACAUCAAGCCGCGCUUCCACAAGUCACGUACGGUGACACUACAGCACGAGGAAGACCGGGUGGAAGGAGAGGAUGAUGCAGACGAUGAAGAUGAUGACGAUGAUACACUGUCUGACUGGAAUCUGAGGAAAUGUUCGGCCGCCGCUCUGGAUGUCCUUGCUAAUGUUUUUCGGGAGGAGCUGCUCCCUCAUCUGCUGCCCCUUCUGAAGGGUCUCCUCUUCCACCCGGAAUGGGUUAUAAAGGAGUCUGGCAUCCUGGUUCUUGGGGCCAUUGCGGAAGGAUGUAUGCAGGGUAUGGUUCCCUACCUACCGGAGCUGAUCCCUCACCUGAUCCAGUGUCUCUCUGAUAAGAAGGCCUUGGUCCGUUCUAUUGCCUGCUGGACUCUCAGCCGCUAUGCCCACUGGGUAGUCAGCCAGCCCCCUGACCUCUACCUGAAACCCCUUAUGACCGAGCUGCUGAAACGCAUUCUGGACAGCAACAAGCGAGUGCAGGAGGCAGCCUGCAGCGCUUUUGCUACCUUGGAAGAAGAGGCCUGCACGGAGCUUGUGCCAUAUUUAAGUUUUAUCUUGGACACAUUGGUUUUCGCCUUCGGAAAAUAUCAACACAAGAACCUCCUCAUUCUCUACGACGCUAUCGGGACCUUGGCGGAUUCCGUUGGACACCAUUUAAAUCAGCCGGAGUACAUCCAGAAACUGAUGCCUCCUCUUAUCCAGAAGUGGAAUGAGUUGAAGGAUGAAGAUAAGGACCUAUUCCCGCUUCUAGAGUGUUUGUCCUCCAUUGCCACCGCCCUGCAAAGCGGAUUCCUACCUUACUGUGAGCCGGUGUAUCAGAGAUGUGUUACCCUGGUGCAGAAGACCCUUGCCCAAGCCAUGAUGUACAGUCAGCACCCCGACCAGUACGAAGCUCCUGACAAGGAUUUCAUGAUUGUAGCCUUGGAUCUGCUGAGCGGGCUGGCGGAGGGGCUGGGAGGCCAUGUGGAACAGUUGGUAGCCAGAAGCAACAUCAUGACGCUUCUAUUCCAGUGCAUGCAGGACGUCAUGCCAGAGGUUCGGCAGAGUUCUUUCGCUCUCCUGGGGGACUUGACGAAGGCCUGUUUCUUGCAUGUCAAACCGUGUAUCUCUGAAUUUAUGCCUAUUCUCGGGACCAACUUAAACCCUGAGUUUAUCUCUGUCUGUAACAACGCCACGUGGGCCAUCGGUGAGAUAUGCAUGCAGAUGGGUGCAGAGAUGCAGCCGUAUGUUCCUAUGGUCUUGAAUAACCUGGUAGAAAUUAUUAACCGGCCAAACACCCCCAAAACGCUUCUUGAAAACACAGCUAUUACCAUUGGUCGCCUCGGCUGUGUGUGUCCACAAGAAGUCGCCCCCAUGCUACAGCAGUUUAUAAGGCCCUGGUGUACCUCUCUGCGUAAUAUCCGUGACAACGAGGAGAAGGACUCUGCCUUUAGAGGGAUCUGUAUAAUGAUCGGAGCGAAUCCUGGCGGCGUUGUGCAGGAUUUCAUCUUUUUCUGUGACGCGGUGGCUUCGUGGGUCAGCCCGAAAGAUGAUUUAAGAGACAUGUUCUAUAAGAUUUUGCAUGGUUUUAAGGAGCAGGUAGGGGAGGAAAACUGGAAUCAGUUCUCGGAGCAGUUCCCACCUCUGCUAAAGGAGCGUUUGGCAGCAUUCUACGGGGUGUAACAUGAACUGGGGCACAUCAACACAUAUACCCAGCGAGGGAGGUUCCUGUUUGGUCCAUGAGGUCAUUGGGGGGGAUUGGUGUCCUACACCCCACACAUCCAGUCUUUAGCGGGGUUUUAGGGAACCGCAUCCUGGGCCAGUACUAUUCCCUCCACUCCAGACUCCCUCCGCCAAACUCCCAAGACACCUCAGCGGAGAAGAGGAGACUGUAAACACUACGCUACCUUCCCGCCCCCCUGAGAUCUUUUUAGUAACUGUAUUUUAUGGAGCAUGAGCGGGGCGUUGGGUUUUAGGAUUAAGAUGUUACCCUUGUAGGGUGGGGGUAGGGGAUGUAUUGGGUAGGGGGAGCUGGUCCCAUGUCAGGAUCUGUUACUGGGCAGGGAAGAGGGAGUGGAGGGUUGGAGGGUUAGACUAUAGAGUGGGAGGGAGGAAGGGGUCUACAGGUAUAGAGAUAUUUGACUGUUCCCCUGCAGUUUCCAGCAGGUUAGAGUCAAACAGAAAAAACUAAAAAAACAAAAACUAUCACGGCAGAAUAGGGUCGCAACCACGAAACAGAAGGUCGGCCAUCUUUACGAGGCCCAGGUUCAGCGAGAAGGAAGAAUUGUGAUGUUAUGUGGUAGAGAGUUGUGGGUCUGUCUAUGCGGUUAGGACAGCUCUGAAGUCUUACUACAUUGCUCCCAUGCCAGUUUGCACAAGUUAGAGGGGAUUGCGUUUUGUCUUGGUUUUCAGUUCAAUAGCCUAUAGCGUGACAGCUGGAAGAGUCUCUGAUCUGUCUUUCCUUUUUUUUUUUUUUUUUCUAAAUGUAACCUCUACACCUGUAGAAUAAGUCCUAUUAGUUAAACCCCAAGAUUAAUGUGAGAAUGUAAACCAUUUGCUGCUGUUCCGGCCAAUCCUCUUGCUUGCACUGUGCUCCGGUGAUUGAUGUCUGUAUGAAAUGUGAAGGAUGAGCGUAGGGGCUACUGUAGUGGUCAGAAUCCAAACUGGCGAGGCAGUGCAGAUUAUAAUGCAAUCCAGUACACAGGCAGGUUUCUUUUAAGAGAUUACUUUGGGAGUAUAAAAUAUCAUUCUUGUUUGUGGUGCACCUGUCACCUGCUCACAGAUUAUAUGCGUGUGCAGCCUCUUUACAGGCUGAACCAAUAUACACGGGCGCAUGCCAACCAUUUAAUGUGGAAUUACUGAGGCAUGAGGCACAGAGUGCCUCAGUUGUCACAAAUUCGUAAUGAAUUGAUACAAUGAAUGUGGUUAUGACCCACAAAGUGACUGCACCUUCUUUCUUUUGACUACCAUCCCUCUACAAACUAUAAGAUGAAUGUAGACAACCGCAAGUAUAAUUUUGUAUUGUUCCCCUGCAGAGGGGACACUACACCAGAGCAAGCUACCGCAUCUUAUGUUGCUGAAAUGCAUGGGAUUCUGAAGUUCCCAGGACGCAGGUAGCCCACCGUGAAAGAUAAAUUAGACAACUGUAGAUCUGCCUGGUCAUUCUCUGCGGCUGUUGUAUGAAGUCAUUCCGUUUAGGAACCAAGGUGAAAUGAACGGCAGAUGCUCAGCGCGUGCACAUUUUAUGUACUUAAUCUUCACCAUUUGUGGUGCAAAGAAGAUAACCAAUUCCUUACAGAUGAGCAGUCCGGUGGUCUGUAAUGAGACAUUCCAGUUUCUGUUUUCCCAGCAGCUAUUUACAUAUCUAUAUUUAGAAUUGUAGAAAUUUUAGAAUAUGGGUAAAGAUGAGGGCUGAGAAUUAAUGUCCGAGACUGACUAGAGACUCUGAAGGAGGAGAUGGGAGCAAGAUUUGAGGCUUUAGGUUCAGGAUUGGAUGCCAGGGAAGGAUUAAAAUGGACCACAAUUGUCCUGUGUAGGGAUACCUCUUACUAGGAAGUGUUGUGGUUCUGGAGUUUAAAUGGUACAACGGUAGGUGAAGUGUGAGCUCCUGGGCCGAGAUCAUUACCAUCCUCCCUUCCUGUUUUGUACAGUAGGGCACACCACUAGGCUCCAGUUGAAUUCUGGGACUGUAUAUUGGUAUUCGUGAUGUAAUGUUUCCUAUGGUAAAACUGCAGUGUAUUUAGUGUAAAGCCGUCUGCUUGCACCUUUGCUCAGAUGAGAAUUAUAUUCUCAUUUUAUGUAUAUUUUUUUUUUCAUUUUUUUUUUUUUGUUAAACUAAAAUGCAGUUUUUUUGUGACUCUACGUGUUUUAUGUCAUGUUUUUAUUUGAAACUGGAAAUGAAUGACUAAAGAAAAGUGGCAAACAUUGCUUUUAAGAUCAAA